AUGGAGAUAUCCUCCGACGAGGAGGCCCUGAGCCACAACAACCGCAACUACUGCGAGUACUGCAUGGUCUGCGGGGAACACGCGACGGAACCGCCCUGGUUUGAGGCUUCUACCGACAGGCUUUCCGAUCCCGAAAGGAUCGAUAUGAUGAUCCAGCUUCGUAUGCCGGACUUGGCCGAGCCCGAGAUCAAGAAGGCGAGGGAGCUAGUUCUCCGACUGGCUUGGUUCAGCAACCAACCGGCGAAGGCGGGUGCCUCAACUUUGCCGCCAGAGGACAACUCGGAAGCCACAGCCAAAUCCAGCAAUGCACUUCCGGGAAUCUGGGCGGAACCAUCAGAGCCUCCGCGAGCAGUGGAACGCCGUGUGCUUCCAACAGAGCCAGAGACGCGACGGGUGAAGGCCAGGGGGCGGCCUUGGCCAGACACUCUGGGAGUCCAGCAGCGCUCGACCCAACAACUGGAGGGAGCGCGGGCAUUAACUCCACUGAGCGAGGGAGUGGCAGCCCAGGCCGUUUUCACCUCACCUGUCAAGACACCACCAGGGUGGACACCUCCGAAUUCGCCUACGGACUCGGAGAACUGGGGUGGUUGGAAGCCAGCUCAGGCUGGCCGCGGGGAUCUACAGCCAAAGACACCACCCAAGUCGGUGGAUCCGAAGGGGCUCGGGUCUAUGAUGCCCAAGACGCCGCCCAAGACGGCGCCAUUGGAGGCACCUGCGGAGGAGGAGGUGCUUUAUUAUUCUAGUGCAUGUGCUUGCUUUUGCGAUUGGAGUGACGUUCCGACCAGAAGGGAUGAGUGGACGCGAAUCAAUCCGGAACCGCUGACCAUCAGCAUUGCACAGGCCCUAGCGGAACGGUAUGAGGGACACAGUGAAAGUUUUGCUCCGGAGCGCCACGCUCCCGUUGCUGAACGAGCAGUGCGAACCUUGAAAGGGAUUGUGUCUUCUCACGAAUUACAACUCCGUGAAAAUGGUGUUGUCCUCGGAGAUGAUCCGGGUACUUUAGAGUUUCUUUUUAGAUACGCGGCACACGUGCACAAUCGAUUUGCAGUGUCGGUCGGGAACACCAUGUCUCCUUUGCAGAAGCUGCGGGGCCACGACCACAAGCCCCAGUUGACCUAUCCCUUCGGGGCUGUCGUUUUCGCAAAGGUCAGCCGUUCUAGCAAAGAGGAGGUUGAUACCAAGUAUGCCCGCGGGGUGUACCUGGGUCCUGUGCUUGGUUCUACCGGGCACCAGGUGCGUAUCCGGCUGGAUUCUGGAGAAACCAAGUUGAUUGUUGCGCCGGGUCUGAAGUUGCUCUACCCUCUUCGAAACGAUGCUUCGUUGCUUGACGGUGCCAGGCCUCUGGAAGGCUUUGUGCCACCUUUGGAUGAGGAGCGUUUUCGCGAGCUCCACCUUCCCUAUGUGCCGGGAGGGGGACCCUCCAAAGAAUGGAUCCGCGAGCACGGUGGCACCCCUAAGUGCCCCGGAUGCUCCGAAGAGGCCACGUCCUCUCGCCAUUCAAUAAAGUGCGUCCGGCGCUACCAGCGGUGGCUCCGAGAUGCUGUGGACAACGCUCUUGAAGAGCUUGGUCGGGACCCUCCGCCCGCUCAAGGCCCACCGGCCAAGCGGGUUCGAUUCGGUGAUUCGGAAGUUCGUGAGUUUCCGGCGCCCUCGGCGCCCUCACACCAAGAAGUAGAAGUACCACAGAUCAGUGCGGAGGCCAACGACCAUCUUAGUGACUACGAGCCCUCGUUGCCCUCCGAGGACGAGGGAGAAGAUGAUCUGAUGGGUGUCGCCGAGGCACCGAAGGAUGAUCGCCCCGCGAUUCGGUUAUUGGAGGAAAUGUGGGCUUGCGGCUGCGUCCGCUACGUUCCCACUCCCUUGACCGCGUGUGAUGUGUAUGAUUUGCAAGCGUUUUGCUCGUUGCUUGUCGACGGCCGCUCCUCUUGCGAUAAGUUGCCGUACUCUUGCAUUGCGUUGCUUGAGCAUGAGCGUGUGGAGCAUGACGUUGGUCGGCCUCGGAGUUCCUACGACGACGUCGAUGGAAUUCAGCUAGACAACAAAGAGAGCUGGGAAGGAAUGAAGACUGAGGUCAAGGCCGUCGACUCUUUGCAAGUCGGCCUCCUUCGUUCCAGGUCUGAAGUUGAUCGCUACCAGGAAGAGAACCCAGGGCACCUCGGUAAGAUUAUGGUCGGCCUGGGCCUCAAAGCCUCGCCGCUCGAGCCCACGCUCUUUAGUGGAUGGGUUCAGCUGGGAAAGAAGUGGACGUAUAUCAUCGCCCUAGCUUAUGUGGAUGAUUUGUUGAUUGUCUCCGACAGCCAAGAGGGGGUUGAGUUUAUCCACAAGUCCCUGAGUGCGGUUUUAAAGGUAAAGGUCACCGGAAGGCUCCAUGAAGAUGGCCAACUUGAGUUUUUAGGACGGCUUAUCAAGCUAGACGGGAACAACAUCACCCUUGGGGUGAAACCUGAGUACGUGCGUUCAGUCUUCUCUGCCUUUGGGUGGACCGAGAAGGACCUGGCUAAGGUCAAACCUGUUCAGGUCCUGCCUUGGGAAGAUUGGUUGGUUGACCCAGUCUUUCCCGCCGGGAGCGGGGAAACUUUGGAAGAAGAGGGUGCCACUUUGGUGGCGUUCUGUGAUAGUCAGCUGGCUUCUCACAUUUGGGGCCAGAUCGCCAAGCCCCUCGCUAUCUACACCGACAGCGCAUCUGCUCGCCAGAUUGCCGGGAUGGAGGGGUUCCUUCGGAGGAUGCGACAUGUAGACAUCAGACUUUGUUUUAUUCAGGAUAGGGUGCAUCAGAACGAGUUGGUGAUUAACGGGGUUGCCGGAGAAGAGAACGUCAGUGAUCUCCUCACCAAGAACCUCAACAGGCCCCAGACCUUGAAACACACAACGACCUUAGGAUUGGAAGACGUCCACCAGGUUGACCUUUGUGCUGUGCCGGUGGUUCGCUCGUGUGUGUUCCUUACAGGGCUGUUGAAUUCGAUCUUUGACAACACAGAACUUGAGUGGGAAAGGUUCUUGGGCCUCUGUGAGCUCCCAACCUCGUACGGAACCCUGUUCAUUGAGUUUUGUACCGAUCCGCAAUCUAGCUUUGUGACCACGGGGUGUGACUACUCUGUCUUUGUUCUGCCGGUGACUGUGGAAGUAGAUGGGACUUCGCCUGAGACCGAGCUGGGGAAUGAAGGUUGUUCUUUGGAGCAGCACGCCUUGUACCGGGGGUAG